GCCCCUGACAGGCGCCGUAGUAGCAACGUUAUGUCACGGUUGUGGUCCGCUUAGCCUCUUCAACGUCAACUCUGAUACUCUACCUACCCAAGCACUAUGGCCUCCAACGAACUUGGGGCUGAGCUUCAAGCUCCUAGGCGAUCAUCGAGAAUUUCAGGGCAAGCGAAAGUAGAGACUCCUGCUCUUGCUAAGAAACCGAGAAAACCUUCGAAAGCGGGGACAAAAAGGGCUGCCGAGGAGGUUGACAAAGAUGAAAAGAACAAGAAAGUACGCCACUUGAAGCCAAGUUCUCUGAUAUUGACUGUAGUGCAUUCAAGGCCAAAGCUAAUGAAGACGAAACGGCUCAAGGAGGAUGAUGAUGUGGCAGAUACAGCGCCCAUCGACGUUGGCGAUAUUCUCCCCUCGAUGACCCUCAAAAACGAGACAGGCGAAGACAUCGAUACUGGUUCAAUCGCAGCAGAGAAGGGCGUCGUUCUCUUUCUUGUUCCGAAGGCUGACACGCCUGGAUGCACUACGCAAGCAUGUGGCUUCCGCGAUAUAUGGCAAGAAUUUACCUCGCUUGAUUAUGAUGUUUAUGGAGUCAGUGCCGACUCCUCAACUGCUCAGAGUAAAUGGCAAACCAAGAAGGAACUCCCAUUCCCGCUCAUUUCUGAUCCUAAGCGGUCAUUGAUAGGCAUUCUUGGGGCUGGCGAUGGAAAUAAGACGAAACGUAGUCAUUUUGUCUUUGAGAAGGGUGGCAAGCUCUUGGACAAGAAAAUGCCUGUGAAGCCGGCAGACAGUCCCCGUCUUGCAUUGGAGUUUAUCAAAGGCCUCGGGCUGAGCGAAUAGGCCACGAACGCGCGCGCUUGGUCAAGUUUAUACUAUGAAUCCAUUUGAUCUC